AUGUCACCAAACAGUUCUCCAGACCAGCUAACGAACUCAGAUGAAGAUUUAAUUGUUAUCACUGAUACCAGUUUCACUGAAAAUGAACCCAAGCUUUUCGAAAUAUUAAACCAUAACAACCCAAAAGUCAAGGAAAGUAUAAUUGAAAUCUUGCCUCGUCAUAUAUUAACAAUCAUUGUUGAUUGCCUAACUCAAAAAGAACUACUCAAUCUAGCCUUAACCAAUUCUUUAUUUUAUAAUUUAUCCACUGAUAAACUAUACAGAAAUAUUUACAUCCAAGAUUAUAAACUUUUAAUUCCCGAUAACGAAAAUUAUCAAAACAUGUUUCCCAUCAAUUGGACUUAUUUUCAAAUUCCCUUCAAACUUUUAUCCAAUGUCAAACCAAUAGCCUAUGACUGUUUAGAUUCAGAUUCGCUCAAAAAAUAUCUAAACCAAAGUUAUUUGAGAGAUUCUGAUGGCAAGAUCAUUAGUUAUAAUGCCUGUUAUAGAAUCUACAAUUUUUUGAGACUAGAAAAAUUCUUCAAAUGCAUUCUAAGACUAGCUACUUCUUUUCGUCUAAAACCACUUUUGCAAUCAAAAGUUAAAAAAAUCUUUAUUGAUUUGACCACAAAUUCAUUCAAGCAAAAUUUAUUUGACUGUAUGGUUCUCAAUAUAUUAAUCGAAGAUAUAAUAAACCUCUCACAUAAUCUACUCUCGAUUGAAUUCAGUGACAUGUCUUUACAUCGUUCUCUUCAAAUUUUAUCAACUGAUAUCAGAUUCUUUUGGUUAAAACCCAAUUCUUACAAUCUACUAAAUUAUUCUUAUUUUGAUGUCCAUAAUCGAGCUGAAUAUCUUUAUAAUAAGCCCUUAAAUUUGCUUCAACAUCAAAAUAUCAUACUUAAUCAUAGUAAUAACAAUACUACUACUACUACUACUACUACUACUACUACUACUACUACUACAAAUAACAACGAUGAUAUUAAUGACUACGUGCUGUCUCAAUUACAUGAAUAUCAAAUUCUUCUAUUAAAAAGCUCAUUACAAACAUAUAGAAAUAUGAAACUGCUCAUCUUACAUCUUUGGGAUAAUAACUACAUUUAUGAAAACAUUUUAACUAUUUUAGAUUAUAAAUCCUUUGCAAUUGAAAACAAAUUAAACGAAGUUCAAAAUCCCAAUUUAAACUUGAAUCUUAUUCUAAACUAUGAGUUUUCCUUGUCAAUAGUAAAUAAAAAAUCAACCUUGUUUUUCACUAAAAUCUUUCAAUAUCCCUUUUUGAAAAAACUCACUUUAGAUACUUUAUGUCAACUUACUCAUACUCCUAAUAACUGCACUUGUAUGAAAACUAUUAUACAUACAAUUCUACAAAAUAAUAAUAAUAUAAUAAAUUUGGAAGAAAUUGCUUUUUCUGCAGUCCCAAUUAAUGACCAACAGGCUUUGGACGAUUGUUUUACUCUAGUUUUCACUAAAUUACCAAAUAUCAAAAUAAUUUCUUUGGAUUUUAAAGACUAUUCAAGCUAUACAUCCGAUUCUAUUUACACUGAAGUUUAUGAUUAUUUAAACCAUUUAGAUUCAUUUUGUGGCAAAAUUUUAAUAACUUUGAAAAAGUUUAUUCUAAAUUCAAAAUUAACAAAUUUGCUGAGUUUGAAUCAUUUAUAUUUAAAAGGAGAGUUUUCAAAAUUUUUUUUACACUAUUUACUAUUUGAAUACGUUGAUAAAACAUUUCAGGAUUUCGGUAAUGAAGAAUCAAAUCAUCAAAAAAAAAUUAGUUUUUUAAAACAAAAAUCCAUUAAUUUUUGUCUAUGCUCUACAUGUCAACGGUUUUUAAACUUUUUAAAAUCGAAAUUAGAGUAUCCUAAGGGCAUGGAUCUAAUUGAUCUAAACAAUGCACUUAUACAAAAUUACGAUAGACUAACUGAAUUUCAAAACUUUUUUAAUAGCUUUGGCGUGUCAGCCUCUGAUAAAGGUUUGAAUGAUUAUUUAGGAUUAAAUAGCACUACAAAAUUCAAUGAAAUCUAUGGUGAUUUUCAUAUAAAUUUAUCUUAUAAACACAACAUAGAUAGUAAAAUUGUUUAUUAUCGUGAGGAUGGGAUGAAUAAUUAUUUGGGAGUUGAUACAAACCAUGAUUUAUUAAAAAAGUUUUUACCUGUUGAUUUUUCGAUAGUCAUCAAGCAUUAUUAUAAAGAAUUGAUUAAAACUGUUUCUGAAAUUGGAAAAUUUUCUCAAUUAAGAACGUUUGCAAUUGAAAAUUUACCAUUUAUUAUUUUUAAAGAUGAUAAUGAUGUCCAACAAACAGAAUUUGCUUAUUCAGUUGAUGAUUUUGAACAAGAUAUUAACCAAACACUUAGUGAUUGUUAUAAUUUUAGAAACAAAACAUCUGCCAUACAUGAAAGUUUUCUUUUUGAGUAUUAUAGAAUUAAGAAGUUUUUUAGUAAGUUCUAA